AUGAGAAGAGUGCUGUUCUGGGUAUGGAGUGUUCUGGCAACAACCAGUACAAGCAAUCCUCUAAGACCACCGCAUUCCUUCUCAGAAACCCUCUCCUUUCAAAAAGCGACAUCGAUUGUCUCGUCUCCAAGUCCACAGAAAAGAUCUACUGGCCCUUGUCCGGGAAAUACCCCUGAGAACCGACACCAGUGGUGCGAUUAUGAUAUCAACACGGACUAUACAACUGUGAUCCCCGACACGGGCGUCGUCCGGGAGUUCUGGCUCGAGCUUGGGGAGAUUCAUGUUGCCCCGGAUGGUCGAAUGCGGUGGGCCCUAGCCAUCAAUGGAUCGAUUCCUGGGCCUAUAAUUGAGCUGGACUGGGGUGACACGGCUGUCAUUCAUUAUCGAAACAGCUUGCCCCGAAGCGUGAAGAAUGGGACCAGUAUGCACUUCCAUGGCCUGCGCCAGUACCGGACAAACCCGAUGGAUGGCGUCGUAUCUAUCACGCAGUGCCCGAUUGGCCCCGGCGAGACGAUGACCUACCGAUGGCGCGCAACACAGUAUGGCACCACCUGGUACCAUUCGCAUAUUGGGCUUCAAACAUGGGAGGGCGUGUUCGGAGCGAUCAUCAUCAAUGGACCGGCUAGCGCCAACUAUGACGAAGACCAAGGGGUGAUCCUCCUGAACGACUGGGACAGUCACACCGUCGAUCAGCUCUGGGCCACGGCCCAGCUCGCUGGAGCGCCGACGAUGGAUAACGCGCUCAUCAAUGGGACCAAUGUAUUUGGAGCUGAUAGCGACGACAGGCAGGUUGGCAGACGAUUCCAGAUGUCCUUUGUGCCGGGAAGAAGCUAUCGACUGCGCCUGGGCAAUGCAGCCUGCGACACGCAUUUCAAGUUCAGUAUCGACCACCACUCGCUGACGGUCAUUGCGAACGAUCUCGUUCCUAUCAGACCGUACACCACGACUGUCCUGGAUAUCGCCAUUGGUAGCGCUCUCCUCGUCCUUGCCUUUCAAGCCCUAGAUGGGCGCCAGCGCUACGACGUACUCGUCCACGCCAACCAGACCAUCGGCAACGCCUUCUGGCUCCGCGCCGUCCCCCAACUCGCCUGCUCCAAGAACACGAACGUGGACAAUAUCCGCGGCAUCGUUUCCUACCAUGACCCCAGCACUCCUCGCUCUCCCACUCCCGCCCUGCCGUCCUCCACCCCCUGGCCUACCGCCGACGCCUGUGUCGACGAAACACCAUCUGACCUUCGCCCCAUCAUCUCGCCCGCCCUAGACCUCGACCUCACCACCCCCUUUCACAACGAAUCCCUUCCGGUUGGCCUUACCACCACUUCGCGCGGCCUUUACCGCUGGACCCUGAACGGCACCUCGCUCGCUCUUAACUGGACCUCCCCAAUCCUGUCCACGCUACUCGCCCCCGGCCCCAGCCGUAGUGCCGCCCUCGCCCUGCCAAAUGCCGACAUCUGGACCCUCGUUCUCAUCGAAACCGACCUCCCCGCCCCACAUCCGGUUCACCUCCACGGCCACGACUUCCUGCUCGUCGCUCAGGGCACUGGCGCCUACGUGCCCCCAGUGGCUGGCCUGCACUAUGCCCCCGGCACCCUGCCCAAGCGUGAUACGGCGCUGUUGCCGGCGGGUGGGCAUCUGCUGCUGGCCUUUCGUACGGAUAAUCCGGGGGUGUGGCUGCUGCACUGCCAUAUCGGGUGGCAUCUGGAGCAGGGGUUUGCGGUAUCCUUUAUGGAGCGGGAAGCGGAGGUGCGGACGUUGUUGAAGGAAACGUGGAGCCGCGAGCGGAGUGCGAUGGGCGAGACGUGUCGCGCGUGGGAGGCGUACUGGGGAGAUGAGUGGAGCGAGAAUGGGUCUGGGGUUUGA